ACGAUGAGCCAACGCGAAAACAUGCUCUCCGCAAAGAGAGUGAGGGAACAUAAGAUUUGCGACUCGCGAUGGUUGGCGCACGACAAGAUUACACAGUACAAGGGAAUAGUGAAGUUAUACAAGGGUCGCAAGAGCACCGGCUCCACGGCCAUGGAUAUUGAAGUUAAAGAGUUGAGCAACGAGGUGCAAGUGCUAUCCAAUAAGAUAAAAACGAACAGGGAAUCUUUGGAUAACAUCCUAUCUGGAAGCAGGCAUUUGACGGAGAACGUUCUGGUUACGCACAAGGAGUUGCAGCUCAAGAAUCGCGGAAACUCUCCGUUGGAAAUCAUUGAAUCUUUAAAACAGAACAUAUUUCUGAACAGGAAAAAGAUUGAUAUGCUGCAUUUCAAGCGAAAGGAACUUAGUUUUAGAUUAUCUAAUCUUGCGCUGGAGAAGGCCGAGUACGAAUCGUACACGAAAGAACACCCGAAACUACCAGUGGAGAUCGAAUGCGGACGUAUUACUGGUAAAGUUCAGGAUAGGAUUUUAUUGACUGAAGCUGCGAUCUCCGUGAGGAACACGUACAGAACGAUGAUCAAAAUAUUACAAAAAGAUCGUAUAUUUUACGAUCAACUUUUGGAGACGCUGAAGAGGGACCAGGUCGACCAAUCGAAGUGCAUCUUUCAGAUGACGGUGCUCGGUCAGUUGGCAGUCGAGCAGAUGGACGAUGAUCGACUUAACUUCUUCGAGCUUCAGAAGUGCGUCAAAGAAUCGUUGUCCAGACGCAAAAUAGAUUUGCAGAAAGUGCACGAGCAAUUGAACGAGUUCCCAAAGAACAUGACCAUGAUCGUCAGAAUGGAUGAGGAUGAGACAACUUACGGCCUCGAAAUCGACGACGAGUUCGAAGAGGUCAAGAGAUCCUUGAAGACUGUCGAGAAGGUUUUGAAAACGCUGAAGGAGGCGGUUUUCGUAAAUAAAUACGAGAAAAUCCUACCAUGUUUGAAGGAUCAGUUGACUAUUACCGAGAAACUGACUACAAUUAAGACGAAGAAUUUGAAUGACACGCAAGAACUUGGCAAGAGGAUCGAGCACGCCAAGGUGAAUUUGGAGCGGUGCAAAAAUGAGGAUAAUUUGAGCAGUUUCGAAGCUUCCUGUAAAGAGUUUCUGGGGAAGAUCGAGGUUUUCAAGAAGAAGCUGAACAAGUGCACGCAGAGGAAGGAGAUCGUCGGAAAGAAAAUCAUUCAGGCGCAUUUAGGCCUGAAGUCCAUCUACUGCCUAUGCAAAGCAAUCAACAAAAAUAAAUCGCACGACGGGAAAAAAACGGAAAUUAAUAUUACUUUUUCCGCAGAGGACGUGGAUUACCCGGAAAAAGCUACUGAAAUGGUCGAAGUUAUCAUCAACAAAUUGAACAUGUUGGAUUCUCUGAUGCGAACGCACAACAUGGGCAUCACUGACGACAUGCAAAUGGAUCAUUACAGAGCUUAUUCGGUUUUGAAUCAGGAAUUUCACGAGCCGACGGUUAAUUUCGAUGUAAACGCCGAGCCGAUGGAGGAUUUCGAUGAGGUGCGAACGGAUAACACCGUCUUAACCAGACACGAAAUAAAGGAGAUGAGCAGGUUAAUGGUGCAGAAGAACAAGGAGGAACAGCUGUUUUAA